GGCAAGAUGUUGACACAUCGAGCAAGUCAGGAAGAGCUGGACCUCGACACCAACAAGAUCAAAGAGUGGCGGUCGAUAAUCACUUUGAUUGUUUUCGUCUUGACAAGUAAGUCUCAAGUAUGGGCCGGCAGGCUGAAUUUAUGUUGAUUUUGAUUUUGCGUCAAGAUAUCAAUGUACUGUUUUCUUUCCACAUCCCAAUAUACAUACCUCGGAUACUGUGGGCCAUAAUGAUCAGCACUCUUACGAAACUGCGUAUCAUAUCCAAACCUCGAGAUCGUUCAAAGACUUCAAACGGUAAAGCCGGCGCAUUUGUACGAUUUAGGUUUCCCAUGAACUUCAUCACAGCACCCUUAGUCGCGGAUUUAUUUCUUCUUGCCAUUCAAGCAAUCGGACGCCAAGAAGUGCAUGAUGGCACGAUCGGGGCGAACAACAUCUCACCAUACGACAUCAUGCUAUUCUUUAUUUCCCUGGCAUACAUUGCGAUCUCGGUCGACGCUUCUGGACUGAUCAGAUGGUUGGCGUUCAAAGUCUUGCAGAAAGGGGGUAAAGUUGGGCACAGACUCUUCUUUUACCUCUAUGCGUUCUUCUUCGCCCUCACAGCCUUCAUUGGGAACGAUCCGGUCAUUUUAUCGGGUACCGCUUUCCUCUCCUAUAUGACGCGAGUGUCGAGCAAUAUCAAGCAUCCCAGAGCAUGGAUUCACACUCAAUUCUCCGUAGCGAACAUCGCCUCCACCAUCCUUGUCUCGUCGAAUCCCACUAACCUCGUCCUCGCCGGUGCAUUCAACAUCACGUUCAUCAAAUACACUGCGAAUGUCAUUGUACCUGUUGUCGUCACCGGUAUCGUUCUGUUCCCGUUCCUGCUAUACAUCAUCUUCCACGACGAAUCACUGAUUCCGUCAACGAUCAAGAUGGAGGAUCUUCCCGACGAAAUCAAGAACAAGAAGCCUGUGAAUCCCAAUAUUCCGUUUUCCAAACGUGAACUAGAAGAACGAGAAGACGAUCCGAAUACCGACGACGAACAAACCAAGCAACUAUCACUUGAAGAAAUCUUGAACCCAUUUCUUGAUAAGAAAGGUGCAAUAUUUGGAGCUAUAAUUAUGGCAGCCACGCUAGUUACGGUCCUCGCUAUCAACGCCUCUUCGCAAAGUGGGCACGAACGCCCUGUUUUCUGGGUCACUCUUCCGGCUGCUGUCAUUAUGUUCUUCUGGGAUAUUGGAUUGGGAUGGGCUGGCAGAAAAGAGACUCGCAAAAUUGCUCACGAGGGAAGGCAGAGGCUUGAGCUUGCACAAGCAGAACGAGCAGAGGCGAGACGAAAGUCAGUAAUUCAAGAAGAUGCAGAUGCGAUUGCACCCGACUAUUUCCAGAAUACGGUCGAUGUACCGAAUAAAACGGCGCAGCCUUCCACGGUUGCGACGUCUAGUCGAGAGCUCGAGAAGCAAAACAUCCCUGAGGAGGGAAAGCAAGCCAUGCGCCAAGAGAAAGAGCCAGCCACGCUCGCAUCGCUCAUUGCCAACUCAUACAGGUGGUCUCAAGAGACAUUUCCUACAACGAUGACAGUUCUGAGUCACUUACCCUUAGCCCUGAUACCGUUCGCCUUUUGCAUGUUCAUCUUGGUACAGGCUCUUGUCACUAAAGGCUGGGUCCCAGUUUUCGCUCACGGUUGGGACCAUUGGGUCGAGAAAACAGGUACCGUUGGUGCCGUUGGUGGGAUGGGUUUUAUCUCCGUCAUUCUUUGCAACUUUGCAGGCACCAACAUCGGCACCUCGAUUCUCCUCUCGAGGGUCAUUCAAUCGUGGCAACAGAUCCAUCGCAUGAAUGGCAUCCCCAUCUCUGAUCGAACGUUCUGGGGAACAAUCUACAGCAUGGCCAUUGGAGUCAACUACGGGGCAUUCAGCCUGGCAUUUAGUGCGUCCCUCGCAGGUUUAUUAUGGCGCGAUAUCCUGGGCAGGAAACACAUUCGUGUAGGCGGCCUGGAAUUUGCGCGCAUCAAUCUACCCAUCAUCGCGAUAACGAUGGUCGUUGGACUCACUGUAUUGAUUGGCCAGAUAUACGUCAUCAGGGAUGAUUCUCCGUAUGACAGUACGUGAGAGUGGUACUAUCCAUAACCUUCCCGAAGCCCUUCGGACGUAACGUCCCGCCAAUGAGGGAAUGAUGUAAAUGCCUGCUGAUCGUGCAAACUCGGCAUGGGCAGCUGAAGAUAUCAUAUCAAUGCAACUAUCGAUAAAUGCACGCAAUUCCACAACCGGCAGUA